UUCCUUGAUCUAAGACCCAUGAACAGGUCAGCGACACAGCUGGUGACGGAGUUUGUUCUCCUGGGAUUCCCCGGCUGCUGGAAGAUACAGAUUUUCCUCUUCUCGCUGCUCUUGGUGGUUUACGUCUUGACCUUGCUGGGAAAUGGCUUGAUCAUCUGUGCAGUGAGAUGCGACGCACGACUGCACACCCCCAUGUACUCGCUCCUGGGAAACUUUGCCUUCCUGGAGAUCUGGUACAUUUCCUCCACGGUUCCUAACAUGCUGGCCAACAUCCUCUCCAAGACCAAGGCCAUCUCAUUUUCUGCGUGCUUCCUCCAGUUCUAUUUCUUCUUUUCACUGGGCACAACGGAAUGCCUCUUCCUGGCAGUUAUGGCUUAUGAUCGAUACCUGGCCAUCUGCCGCCCACUGCACUACCCUACCAUCAUGACUGGGAGGCUCUGUGGCAUGCUGGUGUCUUGCUGCUGGCUCAUUGGAUUCCUUGGAUACCCAGUCCCCAUUUUCUUUAUCUCCCAACUUCCCUUCUGUGGUCCUAACAUCAUUGACCACUUCCUGUGUGACAUGGACCCACUGAUGGCCCUGUCUUGUGCUCCCGCUCCCGUUACUGAAACUGUUUUUUAUACACAGAGCUCCCUUGUACUCUUUUGCACUGUUUUGUACAUUCUUUGUUCCUACGUCCUGUUGCUCAGAGCUGUUAUUCGGGUACCUUCUGCAGAUGGCCGGCGAAAGGCCUUUUCUACCUGUGGUUCUCAUCUGCUUGUGGUGUCUGUUUUCUAUGGAACAGUCAUGGUCAUGUAUGUGAGUCCCACAUACGGCAUCCCAACUUUGACGCAGAAGAUCCUCACGCUGGUAUAUUCGGUAAUGACUCCUCUCUUUAAUCCCUUGAUCUAUAGUCUUCGUAAUAAGGACAUGAAACUUGCCCUGAGAAAUGUCCUGUUUGGAAUGAGAGUUUGUCCAAAAUCCUGA